CAACCCAUGCCUGCCAGGACAAGUCCUACGUCGAGAUUAGACUGGUUCUUGUUGCUGUCCAUAAUCGCCCUGUUGACAUAUGUCAACGGUGGCUCAGUGGCGGCCAAGGUGUUCAAUGAUAACACAAAAGGCGAAGUACCGAACCGUGCAGCAGAUGCUCAAACCCGACGAUAUUUGCGGGAGCCAAAUUGGUUAACAACUGGUAACGACGGCGACAACUUCGAAGAGAGGGCCAUCGACGUUAAACUGCCAAUGACGGCGAAGCUUCAAAAUCUCGUAAAUUCACCGACGCUGAAAAGCCUCGCAACAAGUAUCAAGCAUCGCUUGACUUCCAACAACCAGAUAGCCACUGACAAGCUUUUCGCGCGCCUCAAUGUCGGAGCAGCUGAGUCGAAACUGUUUGAAAGCGCACCCUAUCAACAGUGGGUUCAGUCUGUCACCACAGCCUACAAGAACACCCCAGGAAUGGGCGAAGCUGCGAUGUUCUCAACACUGACAACUCAUUACGGCGAUGAAGUUCUGGCCAAACUUCUAAUUGACAAUUGGGUUGCAAAGGACCAAAAGGCGGACGAUAUCUACGCGCUAUUGAAACUCAGCGUGGCCGAUGACGCUCUUUUGAAGAAUCCAUUGAUGAACACCUGGAUCUACGUAACUAGACUCGGGAAGGAGGACCCAUAUGAUUUGUUGCUGCUCAAGUUGAAGACACGCUAUGACGAAGCUGAACUAGCUCACCUGCUAAUUGCUGCAAAGGCAGACAACAGUGCGGAAAGUGUUGCGAAGAAGGUGGAGCAGGCACAGCUUAAAAACUGGCUGACCGGUGGAAAGACAGAAGACGACGCCUUCAACCUACUUCGACUUAGUAUUGAUGACGGUUAUGAAAUUCUGAAGAACCCAGCUCUGAGCACGUGGAAUUCGUAUGUGAAAAUGCUCAAACACAACCCAGACGAGUUGUUGUUUUUAAAACUGAAGAGACAAUUCAGCGAUUACGAGAUAGCGAAGCUCGAUAGUUGGGUCAAACUUGACAAAACUGCAGACGACAUUUUCAACGUUCUGAAACUGAACAAGGAAGGGGACAAACUCUUUGAAAGCCCGGUGUUGAGCUACUGGGUCGCCUUCGUUAUGAAAGGGGACAAGGAGAACGCAGAUGAGUUGAUGUAUUCCGUGAUGAAGAAAUACUAUGGUGAUGAUAUGCUAGAAAAGUUGUUUGCUCGGGUCAAAGGCAGUGCGUCUACGAAAAGACUGGCCUCAAAACUUGAGCAAGAAAUGUGGAUGAGCCACGGCAAAACAGAAGACGACAUUUUUAACUAUCUGAAGCUUGGUGAGAAAGGUGACGGUAUCUUCAAAGACCCGGCGCUGACUGAACAAACACAGAGAAAACCUGACGAGUUCGCAGUUAUCUCGGCUCUAGAGAAGCACUUCGAUUAUGUGGAUCUUGCACGAAAGCUUGGGUAUGCUGAGCACCAAGCCAAGAUGAAAGGAGAUACGGUAGAAAUUGUUACCAGCUUGCAGAACCUGCAGUUUAAGCAGUGGAUGACCGAAAAAGGUUUGGAUCCUAACAGAGUUGGAAGACUGCUAAUUAAGAGUCCUCGUGACACGCGAAAUAACCGCGUCUUGCUCGAUUUCUAUGAUUUCUACCGUGCUAACGGCGGUCAAGUCAAGUUACACUUGAGAAACAUGUAG